UUUCUUCAGUUUUUUAUUCAUUGACAAAUAAUAAUAAUGUCAUUAUAAUAUAAUAUAUAUUUAUCAUUUAUGAACAAUUCUAUAUCGGUUUUAGUUUUCGUCUAUUAAUAGCUGAACUAAAUAUUAGUUACUCCGAAAAACCGUCUGUUUAUCGUCGACACUCGACGAGGAUCGCAACGGUACGUUUUCGGUACCUACCAAUAUAAUAUUAUAUUAUUAUCGCGAAAUAUAAUACGAACAUUAGUCAUUAGGUAUGUCGUACACGUACGGUGUGUGCGGAGACAACAUAAUAUUAUGUUAUGCAGGUACGACGUAGGUACUUUUAAUUAUAAGCUAUAAAUAUAAUAUUAUAUAACAUAUACAUUGAUAUUGAUUCUGCUAUACAAAAAUAUUAUUACUUAUUAGUACUAUACCUAAUUACUGAGUAAAUGGUUGUCAAUUUAUUAUAUUUAUCGUUUAUCGUCGACUGUACGGAAUAUCCGAAUAUAACUAUUGCCUAUUGGCUAUUAAUAUAGCACCAUAUUAAUAUGGGGAACAUGGUACUAUCACUAUUAUCUUAUUUUCAUAAUUUUAUUAGAAAAUAAUAUUAUUAUUGUGUCUACGAACUACGAAUAACAAAUUUCCAAUUGGUCAUUAGCGCACAAUCAGUUAUACACUUUUACAAUAUUGGCAAUAUUGCAUGUGGAACCCGACGCUGUUUUACACUAGGUAUUGUAAUAUUUAUUACUUGGGUUCUUAUUAAUUGUAUUGUGUUCUCUGUUGUCUGCAUGACGUUCCUACAGAUUAUUAACAAUUUUAUUGCAUUAACCGUAUACGGUAUACUCUUGUUUUCAUUAUUAAAAAUUUUUUAAAUUGUUAUACAAUGAGUGAUUGUGAUUCUCCAACCCAAGUAGAUCAAGUUGAUCAGGUUGCAGAUUCAGAAGAACCUAUUUUACCUUGGCCAAAUUAUCAAAAAUAUUUUAAAGUUUUAAGAGUUAUUGAGGAUAAUUUUUUUUAUAAGAAGCUGGAAGUGAAGUGCUUAAGUUGUGUCGGUACGAAGUGUUACAAGGUGGAUUCACGUUCAAACUCAAAUAUAAGAAAACAUUUAAGCAAACAACAUCCAACUAUAUUAAAGAAAAUAGAUCACAUUGAUAAUGCUGCGAAUAAAAACACUACAAAGAGAUGCAAUGAUGGAUCAUUGAAGCAUAACGCUGGUAGUUCUUUACAACAAUCGGAUAAAAAUAACCAAUUAAAACAACCAGUUUUAGAAGAUUUUUUGAACAACAAAAAAUUAACUAGUCAAAGUAAGAAUGUGUAUUGUUUAUUUUUAUUUUUUGUCUUAUUAAAUAGUUUUAAGUUACAGCAUUAA